AUGAGCACAUGUCUGCGCAACACGGACAAGCCCGGCGUGUGCGUGCCACCCUUCUCCCUCAAAUAUGGCGACGUGUGCGACAUUAAGGAUUGGUACAGUUGCGAUGUCUCGCAGGACUUGGAGUGCACGGACUACAAGUGCAACAGGAUCUUCCGUCCUACCAACACUGAGGAGGACUGCAACGAUGUCCGUCGACCUCUGAACCGAUGUCGCUUUGGCAGUGUGUGCGUGUGCCAGACCAAAGACCUGCUGUCCGACGAGUUGUCACUGAAUGUCAAUGGACGCUGCCACUCAAAGUUCAACAUAUCGACCAUCCCUCAGAUAUUGCGAGACUUUCAGAAUUGCUUCAUCAAGAGCGGAUGUCCGCGCAAUGAUGGACAAAAUCCAAACACCUGUGCAUCAUUGGCCUGUGGCAAAUGGUAUAGUGAGUACAAUGGCGGUGCCUCCAAUCCAUGUCCAUCCCCACAAGUACCAAUAUAUCCAAUACCAUCAUUCAUCUAA